AAGGGAAAGGUAGCAGGGGAGCGCGCGGAGAGAGACGAGUCCAGGCCGAAAGUUGUUGAGUCCCCUCUCCCUGCAGUGCUUCGUAUCGGCCAGAGACCUCAGCCACUGCCGCGUCACCUCCAGGCAAGCGCGGGGCCCAGCAGCCCCAAAGCUGCAUGUUCCUGAUGCCCGGUCCUAGCGCCCGCCCUUGAACUUCUGAUUAACAUUCCCGAACUUAUCAGCUUUUUCCUUUCUUGCCCCCUACUCUCGCACCCUUCCACGGCUAGCCUCACUAACGGCAGCUCAUCCGCCGGUGCUCUCGCCUUGCAUUAACUUCCCACCCCUUUUCUCUUUUGCAUUGUUCUCCCCGCCCUUACCACAACUUCCCUCCACGCUGCUCGACACGCCUCCCGCCCUCCAUCCCUCCGCCCAGGCGCGCGCUGUCCAGCUGGUGCGUAAGGAGCUCGAGCUCUAAGCUCUGGACCCCUCCUUAGCCUUCCCCGCCCCCUUCCCCUCACCUCGAGCACUGCGCGCGCGCGUCGGGUCCGGGCCACCGCUAACGCUAGAAGCUUCUUAACUCACCCCCACCUUCCCCACCCUAUCCCUGGCGGCCUCAGGUUUGUGGGGCGUGUGUAAUUUGGGCGGGCGGGUGAAGGUGGCAGGUCCCCACUGCCCCACCCCUUACGGGGUGAGGCGGUCUAAGCUCGAAAAGCUGGGACACUGUUAUCUUCCCUUCCUGGGGGGAAGUUGGUGGAGUUUUUCCGGCAGAGGACUCGGCGCAGAAACUUCCUCCGUCCCCCUAUUCCCCCUCCAUGCAGGCGACGCCAAGUGAGGCUGAGGCUGGGGGCGAAUCGCCGCAGAGCUGCGUGUCGGCAGCGCACUCUGAUUGGACAGCGGGGAAGCCUGUCAGCUUAUUGGCCCCGCUGAUCCCGCCCCGUAGUGCCGGGCAGCCUUUAACCUUUAGCCCCAGCGGGCGCCAGCCACUCAGAUCGCUGCUUGUUGGUAUAUGCAGCGGCAGUGGCCGCCGGCGGAGCAGUCUGAGCCAGACGAUGAGGCCAGGGACGGGAGCCGAGCGUGGAGGCCUCAUGGUGAGUGAAAUGGAGAGCCAUCCUCCCUCGCGGGGUCCUGGGGACGGGGAGCGGAGAUUGUCCGGCUCAAGCCUCUGCUCCAGCUCUUGGGUCUCUGCUGACGGCUUCCUGAGGAGACGGCCCUCGAUGGGGCAUCCUGGCAUGCAUUAUGCCCCAAUGGGAAUGCACCCAAUGGGUCAGAGAGCGAAUAUGCCUCCUGUACCUCAUGGAAUGAUGCCACAAAUGAUGCCCCCAAUGGGAGGUCCGCCAAUGGGUCAGAUGCCUGGAAUGAUGUCUUCAGUAAUGCCUGGAAUGAUGAUGUCUCAUAUGUCUCAGGCUUCCAUGCAGCCUGCCUUACCGCCAGGAGUAAAUAAUAUGGAUGUAGCAGCAGGUACAUCAGGCGCAAAAUCAAUGUGGACUGAACAUAAGUCACCUGAUGGAAGGACUUACUACUACAAUACUGAAACAAAACAGUCUACUUGGGAGAAACCAGAUGAUCUGAAAACACCUGCUGAGCAACUUUUAUCUAAAUGCCCCUGGAAAGAGUACAAAUCUGACUCUGGAAAGCCAUACUAUUAUAAUUCUCAAACAAAAGAAUCCCGUUGGGCCAAACCUAAAGAACUUGAGGAUCUUGAAGGAUACCAGAAUACCAUUGUUGCUGGAAGUCUUAUUACAAAAUCAAACCUGCAUGCAAUGAUCAAAGCUGAAGAAAGCAGUAAGCAAGAAGAGUGCACCACAGCAUCAACAGCCCCAGUUCCUACAACAGAAAUUCCGACCACGAUGAGCACCAUGGCUGCUGCAGAGGCAGCAGCUGCUGUUGUUGCAGCUGCUGCUGCCGCUGCUGCUGCCGCUGCUGCCGCCAAUGCCAGUGCCUCCAGCUCUGCUUCUAAUACUGUCGGUGGAACUGUUCCAGUUGUUCCUGAGCCUGAAGUUACUUCAAUUGUUGCUACUGUUGUAGAUAAUGAAAACACAGUAACAAUUUCAACUGAAGAACAAGCACAACUUACUAGUACCCCUGCUAUUCAGGAUCAAAGUGUUGAAGUGUCCAGUAAUGCUGGAGAAGAUACGUCUAAGGAAACUGUAGCUGAUUUUACUCCCAAAAAAGAAGAGGAAGAAAGCCAACCAGCAAAAAAAACAUAUACUUGGAAUACAAAGGAGGAGGCAAAGCAAGCAUUUAAAGAAUUAUUGAAAGAAAAGCGGGUACCAUCUAAUGCUUCAUGGGAGCAAGCUAUGAAAAUGAUCAUAAACGAUCCACGAUACAGUGCUUUAGCAAAGUUGAGUGAAAAAAAGCAGGCGUUUAAUGCCUAUAAAGUUCAGACAGAGAAAGAAGAAAAAGAAGAAGCAAGAUCAAAGUACAAAGAAGCUAAGGAAUCUUUUCAGCGUUUUCUUGAAAAUCAUGAGAAGAUGACAUCCACAACCAGAUACAAAAAAGCAGAGCAAAUGUUUGGUGAGAUGGAAGUCUGGAAUGCAAUAUCAGAACGUGACCGUCUUGAAAUCUAUGAAGAUGUUUUAUUCUUUCUUUCAAAGAAAGAAAAGGAACAAGCAAAACAGUUGCGAAAAAGAAAUUGGGAAGCCUUAAAAAACAUACUUGACAACAUGGCUAAUGUAACAUACUCUACUACUUGGUCAGAAGCCCAGCAGUAUCUCAUGGAUAAUCCAACUUUUGCAGAAGAUGAAGAAUUACAGAACAUGGAUAAAGAAGAUGCAUUAAUUUGCUUUGAAGAACAUAUCCGGGCUUUAGAAAAGGAAGAAGAAGAAGAAAAACAAAAGAGUUUGCUGAGAGAACGGAGACGGCAGCGUAAAAAUAGAGAAUCUUUUCAGAUAUUUUUAGAUGAACUGCAUGAACAUGGACAACUGCAUUCUAUGUCAUCUUGGAUGGAAUUGUAUCCAACAAUUAGUUCUGACAUUAGAUUCACUAAUAUGCUUGGUCAGCCGGGAUCAACUGCACUUGACCUUUUCAAGUUUUAUGUUGAGGAUCUUAAAGCACGCUAUCAUGAUGAGAAGAAGAUAAUAAAAGACAUUCUAAAGGAUAAAGGAUUUGUAGUUGAAGUAAAUACUACUUUUGAAGACUUUGUGGCAAUAAUCAGUUCAACUAAAAGAUCAACCACAUUAGAUGCUGGAAAUAUUAAGUUGGCUUUUAAUAGUUUACUAGAAAAGGCAGAAGCCCGUGAACGUGAAAGAGAAAAAGAGGAGGCUCGAAAAAUGAAACGAAAAGAAUCUGCAUUUAAGAGUAUGUUGAAACAAGCUACUCCUCCAAUAGAAUUGGAUGCUGUCUGGGAAGAUAUCCGGGAGAGAUUUGUAAAAGAGCCAGCAUUUGAGGACAUAACUCUAGAGUCUGAAAGAAAACGAAUAUUUAAAGAUUUUAUGCAUGUACUUGAGCAUGAAUGUCAACAUCAUCAUUCAAAGAACAAGAAACAUUCUAAAAAAUCCAAAAAACACCACAGGAAACGUUCCCGCUCUAGAUCAGGGUCAGAUUCAGAUGACGACGACAGCCAUACAAAGAAAAAAAGACAGCGAUCAGAGUCUCGUUCUGCUUCAGAACAUUCUUCUAGUGCUGAGUCUGAGAGAAGUUACAAGAAGUCAAAAAAACAUAAGAAGAAAAGCAAGAAGAGGAGACAUAAAUCAGACUCUCCAGAGUCAGAUGCUGAGCGAGAGAAGGAUAAAAAAGACAAAGACCGGGAAAGUGAAAAAGACAGAACUAGACAAAGAUCUGAAUCAAAACACAAAUCGCCUAAGAAAAAGACUGGAAAGGAUUCUUCUGGUAAUUGGGAUACUUCUGGCAGUGAACUGAGUGAAGGGGAAUUGGAAAAGCGCAGAAGGACCCUUUUGGAGCAACUGGAUGAUGAUCAAUAAAUUAUACCAAAUAUAUGUUUACAGUAUGAUUUAAAGUCUAAUUCAGACCAAGGACUCUAUUUUAUGUUCAAUUGAAAUAACACUGGGUUUUAAUUAUAUCACAGGAAAAAAAAGUGCAUUUAAGUAUUGUUAUUGUGGACUUUAUAAAAGCAAAGGAAACUGAAAAUAACUUUUGAUUCUGUAUGAAGAAUCAUAUUUUCAUAUGGUCAUAACUGUUUUUCUGUGACCCUUUCAGAGGGCACUGCAGGAUGGAUUAAAGGUGGCAAUUUACUAAUAACUGCAGAUGUCUCUACUUUGUUCUAAAGUCUAAGUCAUUAAGAUGAUUUGAUUAACUUUAUGGAAGUUGGAUUUUGAAAAUAUAAUGAAACAUUUUUUUGAUAUUUAGUCGUACCAAAAAAGCACCAGCAACUGAUAAACUACUUUUUUUGUGCACUACCCAACUGGUUGGAGCUAAUCUGAUCUUUUAUGGUGAACCCAGAAAUAGGUGUUCUUAAUGGAAACAUGGUAGACCCUUAACUACAGCAGUGCCAGUGAGCACUGCUAUAAUAAAGCCACCAUUAUUUUUUAUGAAACAUCUGAACACGUUUUAAAAGGCUAUUGUGAGGGCAUUAUUUUGAGGUGAUGUUUUAAACGUUAACAUCAAGUCAAAUUGUAGAUUAGUUUAAAUAUAUUGCCUUAAGGACCUACUAAAGAAUGUGCCACCAAACUAAGUGAUAGUUGCAAUAUCCUUGUCUAAAACAAAAAUCAAUGUUGAUUUAAACAUUUUCUUUAACAAUUGUCUUUUUCUUUAAAAAAAAAAAAAUUCGAUCUUUCUCUUGCUUUUUUCAUUGAGGAAGUCUUUUACCUUCCCUAUUCACUGAGAAGUAUUGACUUCGUGGUACACAUUCUAAAGCAUUUCUGAUUUGAAUAUUUUUGUACAUUUUUAUCAAUUAUUAAACCUUCUCUUCUAGCGUGUACUAGUAUUUAUUUCUACGUAAACUGUUCAGCUCUUUAAAAAGAAAUUGUAUGAUCAUUUAAAGAUAAAGAAACUAAAUCCCUGAAAUUUUGCUUCCUCUUACCACUCAGCUAAGUCAUUUUCCUUUUUUAAUAUAAUCAGUGCAUAUGAGGCCCCUAUAUUUGUUUUUGAUCUGUGAAUUUCUGCAGAAUACUUCAGAGAGGCCAUGGUUUGAGCUAGAAUACUUUUUACAUGCUAACUUUUGAAGGUUGGUAAUGUAAUUUAUACUGUAUUCCUUCAGUGCAGGAUUUUUUUUAAUAGGAAAUUUUAGCACAUAGUCUUUGGUUUACCUUAGUUUUUUUGUUUUUUUUUGGACACUUUGAGCGAUCCUAUUUCAAGUUGGGAUUUAAAAGAACAAAAUGUUCAUUAUAUUUUUUCUUCAGCACCCUAAUGAAUUUGAAAAGUGGGACUGACCAGGAUGACUCUUUUCUCAUCCUUCCUCCCUGUUUCAAUUAAAUCUGUCCACUGUUGAAAGCUUAAAAAAA